CCUUCUCUUCCUGUAACAGCAGGGCCCGCACUGAGUCUGCGCAGUGCGGCGCUGCGCUCUGUGUGUUUGUGUUUAUUAGUGAGGAUUUAAAGAUGGCGCAGGCUGGUGCUGUGUUUCUGGAGCAGGACCAGUUUAACUGCUCCAUCUGCCUGGACGUGCUGAAGGACCCGGUGACGGUGCCGUGCGGACACAGCUACUGCCGGGUCUGCCUGAAGGGCUACUGGGACCAGGACGACUACCUGGGGAUCUACGGCUGCCCGCAGUGCCGGCAGAGCUUCGCCCCGCGGCCCGUGCUGGGCAGGAACACUAUGCUGGCGGACGUGGUGGACCGGCUGAAAAAGACGGGGCUCGGCUCCCCGGCGGUUCCCGCCGCUCCCCCGGCCCCGCUGGCCGAGCCCACGGCGGCCGAGCCCGGGGACGUGGCGUGCGACGUGUGCACGGGCCGGCGGAACAGGGCCUGCAGGUCGUGCCUGGUGUGCCUGGCCUCGUACUGCGAGACCCACCUGAAGCCGCACUACGAGUCCCAGGCCUUCCAGAAGCACAGGCUGGUGCCCCCGGCCCGCGGGCUGCAGGACAGCCUCUGCCCCCGGCACGACAAGCUGCUGGAGGUCUUCUGCAGGACCGACCAGCACUGCAUCUGCUACCUUUGCCUCACAGACGAGCACAAGGCCCACGACACGGUGCUCGCCUCGCUGGAGAUGACCGAGAAAAAGAACGCCCUGGCUGAGAUGCAGAGAACCUCCCAGCAGAGGAUUCAGGAGAGAGAGAAGGAGCUGCAGGAUCUGAGGCAGGCCACUCAGUCCCUCACUCUCUCAGCGCAGGCGGCUCUGGAGGAGAGCGAGCGGAUCUUCACAGAGCUGGUGUGCUCCAUAGAGCGGCGGCGCACCGAGGUGAAGGAGCUGAUUAUGACCCAGGAAAGAACAGCUAUAACCCAGGCUGAGGAGCUUGUCCGACAGCUGGAGCUGGAGAUCGCUGAGCUGAAGAAACGAGACGCUGAGUUGUGCCAGCUGGUCCAGGCUGAGGACCAUAUCUCCUUCCUCCAGAACUACAGGUCAGUCUGUACUCAGCCUGCGACCACAGACGUCCCCAUCAUCACCGUGGACCCGAGCUUUGCGUGUAUGAUGAGCGCAGUGUCUGAGUUCCAGGCUCUGCUUGAGGACGUCUGUCAGGGUGGAUUUGUAAAUAUUUCAGAGAAAGUGAGUGAAGUUACCAUUAUUCAGAAUACGCUGGUAAAGGUGGACGCAGAGCAAAACACAGCUCUUCUGGUGGCCCAAGUUGCUCUGCCAGCAGUUCCCACAUUACAGAGCUUUGGCAGCCAAAACGUUUUCGGAGUUCCGGCGCCCAUGUUUAGCGGGUUUACGUUCACGUCGUUUGGUUGCAGACCUCCGGGAGCUCGAUUGAGAACACAGCAGCGGAGGAGACGGAGAACCCUUUUGUGUCCCUCCCUCCCUCGCUCUCUCUCUCUCUCUCUUUUUCUCUCCCUUCCUCCCUCCCUCCCUCGCUUUACCUUUCUGCCCUUAUCACUCUCGCCCUUGCCACACGCCAAGGUACACUUGUCGAAAAUGGCAGCAGCUACUGCCGCCACAGUUGCUGUCACAACUGCUGCCGCCACCAUCUCUGUAGACGAAGACCAGUUCUGCUGCUCCGUGUGUCUGGAGAUACUGAGGGAUCCGGUGACCAUUCCCUGUGGUCACAGCUAUUGUAUGGAAUGCAUCAAAGGCUACUGGAGGAAAACCGAGCACAAGACGGGUUACAGCUGCCCGCAGUGCAGAAGAGGCUUCAACCCGAGGCCUGUUCUCGCCAGGAACACCAUGCUGGCUGAGCUGGUCAACAAACUCAGGGAGGCCGGGGUCCAGGAAGGCCCUCAUCCAGGGCCACUCAGGGCGGUAGAUAUGGUGGAGUGCGACAUCUGCUCUGGAAGAAGAAGGAAAGCCGUCAAGUCCUGCAUUAAGUGCAUGGCGUCCUACUGUGUGGAACACCUCAAGCAACACAACGACCGUGAUCGCUCCAAGACCCACAAACUGACCGAGCCCACCAGACAACUGCAGAGAAGGGUGUGUUCCCAACACAACCGGCUGUUCGAGCUCUACUGUCGCACCGACCAGCAGUUCAUUUGCAGCCUUUGUACCACAGAUGGACACAGUGGACAUCAAAUGGUAGCAGCUCCGGACGAGAGGGUGGAAAAGCAGAGGCAGUUAGAAGAGGCCUUCAGAAGAUCAAAACAGAAGAGCAAGGAGAAAGAGAAGGAGCUCAGAAGCAUUAUGAAGUAUCUAAAGCGUUCAGCGCAGGCUGUGGAGGACGACAGCGAGAGGAUCUGCACUAAACUGAUCCGCUCCAUCGAGAGGAGGCACGGCGAGCUGAAGGAGCUGGUCCGAGCCGAGGGGAGGGCGGCGCUGGUCCAGGCGGAGGGGCUGCUGGAGCGCCUGGAGCAGCAGAUAGAAGAUCACAGGAGGAGGGAGAGCGAACUGGAGCAGCUCUCGCAGACGGAGGAUCAUAUCCAUUUCCUACAGAAAUGCAAGGCCUUGUACGCAGCUGCUGAGCCUGAGGAUCUGCCCUGUGUUGACGUCCAUCCAUACUUCUCCUUGAUGAUUCUGAGGAGAGCCCUCACUGAGCUGAGGGAGCGAAUGAAUGACGUCUGCCAGAGGGAGUUAUCCAGGAUCUCUGAUUUAAUUAGAGAUGAGCAGAGCGACUCAGAUGAACCUCCCCCGUGUCCUGCUGUACAUCCUGAAAUAGCUCCUCCUGCAAAGAGUGCGGACCAAUCACAAGGAGAGCCGAAAGCCAGGGCGGACUUCCUGCAGUACUGCUGCGAGGUGACGCUCGACCCAAACACCGCCAACUCCUACCUCUCCCUGUCUGAGGGCAACCGGAGGGUCAGCACGGGUCACGAGUCCCAGAAUUACCCGGAUCAUCCGGAGAGGUUCACCAGCUUGGCUCAGGUGCUCGGAAAAGAGGGCCUCUCCGGACGCUCCUACUGGGAAGUGGAAUGGUCCGGAAACGGAGGGAUCACCAUUGGAGUUGCUUAUAAAGGAAUCGUCAGGAACAGCGGAGGAACAGACAGCAAACUGGGCUGCAACUCCAAGUCCUGGAGUCUGGACCUCGCUGAUGGACUUUGCACAUUCCAGCACAAUAAAACCAAGCUGGAGAUACCGACUCCCAUUUCACCGAGGAUAGGAGUGUACCUGGACCACAAGACCGGGACUUUAGCCUUCUACUGCGUCUCUCCAAGAGGAGACACCAUGACGCUCCUCCACAGGGUACAAACCACAUUCUCCCAACCACUCUAUCCUGGAUUCUGGGUAGGGCUGGGCUCCACACUGAAGGUGUGCCCCAUUUUUAACUUCACAGCCUAGAAGAUCUACAGGGGUUGGACAAUGAAACUGAAACACCUGUCAUUUUAGUGUGGGAGGUUUCAUUUAUGGCUUAAUUGGAGCAGCCUGGUGGCCAAUCUUCAUUAAUUGCACAUUAUUGCACCAGUAAGAGCAGUAAGAGUGUGAAGGUUCAAUUAGCAGGAUAAGAGCACAGUUCUGCUCAAAAUAUUGCAAUACACACAACAUUAUGGGCGACAUACCAGAGUUCAAAAGAGGACAAAUUGUUGGUGCACGUCUUGCUGGAGCAUCUGUGACCAAGACAGCAAGUCUUUGUGAUGCAUCAAGAGCCACGGUAUCCAGGGUAAUGUCAGCACACCACCAAGAAGGACCAACCACAUCCAACAGGAUUAACUGUGGACGCUGUAAGAGAAAGCUGUCUGAAAGGGAUGUUCGGGUGCUAACCCGGAUUGUAUCCAAAAACAUAAAACCACGGCUGAUCAAAUCAGGGCAGAAUUCAAUGUGCACCUCAACUCUCCUGUUUCCACCAGAACUGUCCGUCACCACAAUCAAUUAUUGUGCUCUAAAACCAGGUGUUUCAGUUUCAUUGUCCAACCCCGUAUAUAUCUGCUGUAUAUUCCGUUGGCAAGAAAGUUUGUAAUUCCUUUGGGAUGAUCUGGAUUUCUUCAAAAAAAGCAUUUACAUUGUCAACAUAUUGAAUAAAUGCAUUAUAACCAGUAUAAUUCAUGUGUCACUGCACAAACUAAGACUAGAUUCAGAGAAACAGAUCACAAGGCAGUAUAUGUAAUAGAGCAUUCCAAAAAAAAAAUAAAAAAUAGAAUAUCAUUGAAAAGUUAUUUUAUUUCAGUAAUUCAGAUUAAAAUUUGAAACUCAUAUUAUAUAGAUGUAUUUCACACAGUGAUCUAUUUUAAUUGUCUCAGAAAAUUAGAAUAUUAUAUAAUAAGACCAAUUGGUACUUUUGGCAGUGUGGGCAGUGUGCCAAGUCCUGCUGGAAAAUGAAAUCCUCAUCUCCAUAAAAGUUGUCAGCAGAGGGAAGCAUGAAGUGCUGUAAGAUUUUGUGGGAAAACAAAACUGCACUGACUUUAGACUUGAUAAUAAAACACAGUGGAUCAACACCAGCAGAUGACAGACAUGACUCUCCAAACCAUCACUGAUCAUCAGUACAUUUUACAUUUCAUUUGUAAAUUAAGGGAGAAAUCAGAGUCUGGAGGAAGAGUGGAGAGACACACAGUCCAAACUGCUUGAGGUCUAGUGUGAAGUUUCCACCAAUCAGUGAUGGUUUGGAGAGACAUGUCAUCUGCUGGUGUUGAUCCACUGUGUUGCAGAUGCAGAUUUCAUUUUCCAGCAGGACUUGGCACACUGCCAAAAGUACCAACUGGUCUUUCAUAAUAUUCUAAUUUCCAGAGACACUGAUUUUUGGGUUAGAGAUCAUGGUCAUUGGCUGUAAGCCAUAAUCAACAACAAUAAAAUAAAUAAACGCCUAAAAUAGAUCACUCUGUGUUUAAUACAUCUAUAUAAUAUAUGCGUUUCACAUUUUGAACUGAAUUACUGAAAUAAAGUUACUUUUUAAUGAUAUUUUAAUUUUUGGAAAUGCACUAUAGUAUUUGUAGACACAGCCGGAGAGGAAUUAGUGCCAAAUUAAAAAAAGCAAAGCCUACUGUGCUAAAAUGUAAAUGCAAUCCAUGAGAUGCAUUGCUUUUGGAGUUUAGAGCUCCUAUGUUUUAAUUACGUAUCAAUAAUGUAUCGCAAAAAAAACAACACAAUAUAUCGGAAUAUUAAUAUUUUCUCCUACCUCUACUAGGUUAUACUCACGGCUCAUAUACUCAUCUUUCUUUCCUGAAUCUGCCUCACUGACUGAUUGGACAGAUUGAAGCCCAAGCCUUUAAAAAUCCCAUUGUAAAGCUUCUGAUCUGAAAUCCUGGCUGAUUUGAAUGACCUUCGUUUUACAUCCCUGCAGGUUCACAUACUUUACAUACGUUUUCCUACUUUUCCGUCAGUGACACUGUGUGCUGUGUAAGCUGUUUGCUUUAGAACAGGCUCUGUAAAAUGUGUGCUCUCUCCAGUGCAUAGACAGUGAUCAAAGUGACUUCAAGAAGAAAAUCAAUCAAGAAGAAGAUCAUUCUAAAGGAUUUACCAGCUUCCUAACUGUAUUGUACAUUUCUCUGUAAAUAUAUACAAGAUAAGAUAUUAAUAAAAUAAAUUAUGUAAUUUUGUACAAAAAAAAUCAAUAAUAAAGUCUUUAAUUGUAA